AUGGCGGAUGGUGGCCAGUCACCAGUGACGGUUGAAGACAGCUGGGAACAUAGAGGCGCAACCGGUGUGGAGCUCCAACAACGGAGGAUGGUCGAGGCGGGGUUCCGUGAUGCUUACACGCUGGCGCUAGGGAUUAAAUCCCGGUUUGUGGAUAAGUGUACUGAUGCAUACAUUACAUGUCUCAAAAUUGUGGUGCAUUUCUUUGGCUUCAGGGGUAUAGGAUAUCCGGCACUGUCACCAUCAGCUACCUGUCAACAACCACUUGAUGUCAGCAACGACUUUACAUUUAAAGUGAUCGAUGGAAUUCUGUCAGAUUUUAGCAAGGUUUUUAAGUUCAAGUUUGUCCAUUUGGGAGGGGAUGAAGUCAAUACAAGUUGCUGGACUACCACACCACGCAUUAAAACAUGGUUGCUUCAACAUGGUAUGAAUGAGUCGGAUGCCUACAGAUAUUUUGUGUUGAGAGCUCAACAGAUAGCAAUAAAGCAUGGCUACGACAUUAUUAACUGGGAAGAAACAUUUAACAACUUUGGGGACAAGUUGGACCGCAAAACUGUGGUGCAUAACUGGCUCGGAGGUGGAGUUGCAGAGCAAGUGGUUUCUGCUGGUCUGAGAUGCAUUGUAAGCAACCAGGAUAAGUGGUACCUAGAUCACUUGGAUGCUUUAUGGCAAGGAUUUUAUAUGAAUGAACCAUGGACAAAUAUCUACAACCCGGAACAACGGAAGUUGAUCCUUGGUGGUGAGGUAUGCAUGUGGGGUGAACACAUAGAUGCAUCUGACAUUCAGCAAACCAUUUGGCCCCGUGCUGCGGCAGCUGCAGAGCGGCUGUGGACACCCCUUGAGAAGCUCGCAAAGGACCCAUCAACAGUCACUGCAAGAUUGGCACGUUUUAGGUGUUUGCUGAACGAAAGAGGGGUCGCUGCUGCACCGCUGGCUGGCUAUGGCCGCACGACACCAUCAGAACCAGAUUCUUGUAUAAGGCAGUAGGAUAUUUGGUAAAUACCAUUCAUACAGGAAUAAACAUCGUUCCCGGGCAUUCUUUUCGCUGCUUUGGGCAAUUAAAAGCCCAGAUAUAUGUAAUUGGGGAAGCUCUGUGCUGCAAGGGGUGUUCAAUAAUAUUGCAUUCCCCUUUUAGGUGGUAAUAACUGUGCCUGGUUUGCGAUA